CUAAAGAAUUAGCUGGGUCAGACACAUUCAGAAUCAGUCGACAUAGCACCAACGCUACCAUAACAACACAAGGAAAAACAGGAGGUAAAGAAGAGAGAGACGGAAAGAAAGGGAGUGGGAUAUGGAGUCAACAUCAUCAUUAAUCAAGUCUGUGACCAGGCGGGUGUGGUCGUUGGCCCCGGCCCCCCAGAGACCAUUCAGGGUGUGUUCCCAUGACAGGGGCACCAGGAAGGGCGUCACAGCAGCUACCCUGGAYGAGCUGAGAGAGAGGGUGUGUCAGGCCCUGAUGCUGUGCCUGUCCAGUCUGGCUGUGGUGCUAGUGUGUGAGGAGGACGGGACAGUGGUGGACUCUGAAGACUUCCUGAUGUAUCUGCCCGACAACACCGUCCUCAUGGCCCUGGAACCUGGACAGACAUGGAAACCUCCUCCGGGUGCAGUGCUCUCCAAAGCCCAGGACCCUAACCAGCGGACAGGAAAAGACAUAGCCCGCGUGACCUUUGACCUGUACCGGCAGAAUCCCAAGGACGUGUUUGGCUCCCUGAACGUGAAGGGCACCUUCUCAGGCCGGUACUCCGUCAGCGCUGACUUCCAAUGUCUGGGGCCCAAAAAAGUCCUCAGAGAGGCCCUCCGCAUGGCCUCCACCCUCCUCCAGAUGGCAGGUCACAUGUUGAUCACCUCAGCCAAUCUGAUCAAGCGGAUAAUCGAGGGAGCAGAGUUCUGGCAGCCUCAGAGGGUGGAGGCCGCAGAGUACUGGAACUAAGGCAGGACUGGGACCGACCUCUCUCUAAUGACCAAAUCAAUCCUAACUUGAGUGUAUGUUUAUGAUUGAGUUAUGCAAGGUUGUGAGUUGUGAUCAAACAGGAGGAUAAUUACACAUUGUCUCGAUUUUUUUAUAAGGUUAGUUGUAAAAUAGGACUUAUCUUUCUCUAACAAUUUUGAGAAUGUACCACGAAGUCCACAAAUGGAAGCAAUUAAUWAAAAAAACUGAUUAUGCAUUAUUUUUCA